UGGCCGGCUGGCAGGGGACUGACUUCUGCGCCUCCGCCGCCCUGGGGCACAGACAUGGCCCAGGAGCGUCCCGCCUGCGCCCUGGAGCCCGAGCUCGUCCAGCGGCUGCUGCUCUCCUGCCGGGAGGCCAAGAAGUCCGCUUACUGUCCCUACAGUCACUUCCCCGUGGGCGCCGCGCUCCUCACUCGGGACGGGAGGAUCUUCUCCGGGUGCAACAUUGAAAACGUCUGCUACCCAAUGGGCGUCUGUGCGGAGCGAACCGCCAUCCAGAAGGCUAUCUCAGAAGGGCACAGGGAGUUCAGGGCAAUCGCUAUCUCUAGUGACCUCCAGGAUGAUUUUAUCUCACCAUGUGGAGCCUGUAGGCAAGUCAUGAGAGAGAGUAGGUGUUGGCAAACGAGAGAAGGCGGAUGAAAAAGCCGAAAGGAGGGAGAGGCGAAACUGAAACCAAAUUGCAAGUAACAAGAGAGGAAGCUCGGGGGCCGGGGACCUGGCGCUUAGAGUCGCACUGCAGUCGCAGGCAGAACCUGCCAAGCAGAAAAAUCGCCUUCUUUAAAGCAUUAAUUAAAAAAAAAAAAAAAAAAAAAAAUCCAGGGGUACCUGGGUAGCUCAGUUGGUUAAGUGUCCAACUCUGGGUUUCGACUCAGCUCGUGAUCCCGCGAUUUUGUGGGUUUGGGCCCUGCGUCAGGCUGUGUGCUGACAGGGCGGAGCCUGCUUGGGAUUCUCUGUCUCCCUCUCUCUCCACCCCUCCCCUGCUCGCUCGCUCUGUCAAAAUGAAUAAACGAACAUAUAAAAAACAAAAACAAAACGCCGAAGACUGAUGUGCCUGGAAAUGAUGUAGUGGUUCGGACAGAAGCACAGUAGAGCUGCAGAGCUGAGCGGUCACGAACAGCCAAGUAACCAGUAACAACGGCUUCCAUUAACUGAGCACCUACUGUGUGCCGGGCACCGUGUACAGGUGCCUUCCACCCAUGGUAACACGACAGCCAGGCUGAGCCCCAGUUUGUUGAGGCCAACUUCGGGGCUCUGCAUCACACACAGCCGUCUUCCUGCCUGAUACGUUCCUCGGUUCUCAAAGUCAUUUCACAGAUCAAGACACGGAGCCCCGGGGAGUUUAAUCAUUUGCCCAAGAUCAAACAGCAAGCAGGUGGUAGCUCCUGGGAGUGGGAGAGACCAGGGCUGGGGGGACAGAUUUGGGUUAAAAUUUUUGCUUUACUGGUUUUGCCCUGCUAAGCCUAAAAUGGGAAUCGUAAUAGCACCUACCCAGGGG